AUUUGAGAGCAGGCGCUGAAAUAAACAAAAUUUCAUAUUUUACAACUGAAAGUUAAAAGUUUUACAAGUUUUCAAUCAUCAACUCGUAUCGAUUGCAAGCAGUCUGCUCCGUCCGCACUCGCAUUGAGGAUGCUCACCAAACGUUUGGACCAGCUCCGGGCUAUGGCAAUGGCACAUAACUUGCUCACGGGCCGCUCAACUGCUGCUCAGCAAGUUGGUCGCAUUUACAGUACAAAGAAAAUGCAAAAUCAACAACAGCAGCCGCAGAAGCAGCAGCAGCAGCAGCAGCCGCAACAGCAGCAGAAACAACAACAACAGCAGCCACAGCAGCAGAAGUCGUCCAAGCAAAUGCCGCAGCAAAAGUCCUCCAAGCAAAUGAAGGAGCAGCAGCAGCAGCAGCAGCAGCAGCAGGAGUCAUCGCAAAAGCAAGAACUAUCGCCAGAGCAAACACCAUCGCAUGACGAUGAGUCGAAGGGUGGAGCGGCCAUGUCGGAAGUCGAUUGGCUGACGCAGGAGCUGGCCACCAUCAAGGUGGAGCACAAGCAGCUGCUGGACAAGUACAAGCGCGCGCUGGCCGACGGGGAGAACUUGCGCCGUCGGCUGAACAGGCAGAUCGACGAGGCCAAGCUCUUUGGCAUACAGGGCUUCUGCAAGGAUCUGAUCGAGGUGGCCGAUGUCCUCGGCCAUGCCACCCGGUCGGUGCCCAAGGACAAGCUGAGCACGAAUGCCGAACUGAAGAGCCUGUACGAGGGCCUCAAUCUGACGCGCGCCUCGCUGCAGCAGGUGUUCAAGCGGCAUGGCGUCGAGAUCUUGGAUCCGAUCAAUCAGAAAUUCGAUCCCAAUCUGCAUGAGGCGCUCUUUCAGACGGUGGACAAAUCGGUCGAUGCCGACACUGUGGUGCAGGUCAACAAAUUGGGCUACAAAUUGCACAAACGUUGCAUACGCCCCGCUCUGGUCGGCGUCUCCAAGCGCUAAACAGUAAAGUCAUGCAG